GGGUCGGUUCGCGCUCUCGGAGGCGGAGCGAAAGGACUGAUUUUCUUCUUAUUCCCGCCCCUCUUCGCUCCCCACCUGCCACGUACUGGGCCCAAGCUCUCGCUAGGCUUGGUGGGUCCGUGCGAUUGGCCGGGGCCCGCGCGAGUCUGCCAGCGAGGUGCGGCGGCCCCGGAGGGCAACCGAGUGGGCUGUGACCGCAGCCUUCCCCCAACGCCCCAGAGCCCGACGGUGGCGGCCUCGCACGGGUCUGGUCAGCGGAGACCCGCGGAGGGCUGCAGUGGCGGCCUCGGGAAAACGUCUUUCUCUAGAGUUACAUAUAUAGAACAUCCUGGAGUCCACCAUGAAUGGGCAGUUGGAUCUGAGUGGGAAGCUAAUCAUCAAAGCUCAACUUGGGGAGGAUAUUCGACGAAUUCCCAUUCAUAAUGAAGAUAUUACUUAUGAUGAAUUAGUGCUAAUGAUGCAGCGAGUCUUCAGAGGAAAACUUCUGAGUAAUGAUGAAGUUACAAUAAAAUAUAAAGAUGAAGAUGGAGAUCUUAUAACAAUUUUUGAUAGUUCUGACCUUUCCUUUGCAAUUCAGUGUAGUAGGAUACUGAAACUGACAUUAUUUGUUAAUGGCCAACCAAGACCCCUCGAAUCAAGUCAGGUGAAACACCUUCGUCGAGAACUGAUAGAACUUCGAAAUAAAGUGAAUCGCUUACUGGACAGCUUGGAACCACCUGGAGAACCAGGCCCGUCCUCCAGCAUUCCUGAAAACGAUACUGUGGAUGGUAGGGAAGAAAAGCCUGCUGCUGCUGAUUCUUCUGGUAAACAGUCUACUCAGGUUAUGGCAGCAAGUAUGUCAGCUUUUGAUCCUUUAAAAAACCAAGAUGAAAUCAAUAAAAAUGUCAUGUCGGCGUUUGGCUUAACAGAUGAUCAGGUUUCAGGGCCUCCCAGUGCUCCUGCAGAAGACCGGUCAGGAACGCCCGACAGCAUUGCUUCCUCCUCCUCCGCAGCUCACCCGCCGGGAGUUCAGCCGCAGCAGCCGCCGUAUACAGGAGCUCAGGCUCAAGCAGGUCAGAGUGAAGGCCAGAUGUACCAGCAGUACGCGCAGCAGCCGGCCUACGGCGCCCAGCAGCCCCAGGCGCCCCCGCAGGCGCCGCAGCAGUACGGCGUUCAGUACUCAGCAGGCUAUAGUCAGCAGACUGGACCCCAACAACCUCAGCAGUUCCCAGGAUACGGCCAGCAACCCACUUCCCAGGCGCCAGCACCUGCCUUUUCUGGUCAGCCUCAGCAGCUGCCUGCUCAACCUCCACAGCAGUACCAGGCGAGCAGUUACCCUCCACAAACCUACACUACCCAGACGUCUCAGCCCACUAGUUACACUGUGGCCCCUGCCUCGCAACCGGGAAUGGCUCCGAGCCAGCCCGGGGCCUACCAGCCACGACCAGGUUUCACCCCACCCCCUGGAAGUACCAUGAGCCCUCUUCCAAGUGGGUCUAACCCAUACGCACGUAGCCGUCCUCCCUUUGGUCAGGGCUACACCCAGCCUGGACCAGGUUAUCGAUAGAGAGGCUCAGUUACACUGAUGAGCGUAGCUGCUAGCUGUUUGCCUCCCAAAAGACUCCAAUACUGCUAUUUUAAUUUGUAUUGAAGUUCAGGAAUUUAAAAAGCAGAGCAUUUUUUUAUGAUACCAUUAUUGCUGUUAAUUGAAAGUAUAAUUUGCUGGAAGAUAAAAGACCAAAAUGGAAGUUUUUUCCCUCCCCUGCUUAAAAGUAUAGCAGCUUCCUACUUAUUUUGGAACACUACUCUUACAUGUGUGCAAAGUGAUUGAUUUUCUAGCUUGCCUUGUCCAGAGGAUAUUAAAAUGCUAGGUUGAAGUUCAGCCCUCUUACUUGGCUUUUUAUUAUUAACAUGAUGUACUAAAGUAGAUUCCUUUGAGAGGACUAGCUAUUAUGUAUAAAAUGUAACAUUGAUAGGUUAAUAAAGAUGAUUGAAUCCA